AUGCCUCGGCUGUGUUUUUACUUUACUGCUAAACGGUCUGAAGUUGUAGCUUAUUUCAAUCGUAUUUUUAUUUAUUCUAUUCAUAGUCGGAGCAUACGUGAUGCCGAUGUUAUUGCUUCGGUACUUUGCAGGGAAUAUCGAGAAAGACAACUAGUAUCUCAGCAAGCGAUUCAUGAUUUACAAACUCAGCUUCUAAAUAGUCAGGAAAUUCCUGUGUCUCAAACCACCAACCAACAAAUCACAAUGUUUUACCAGCCUACAACGACGGUUCAACCGCCUAGUGCACAGCUCGACAACCUUCUUUUGCAGAACAGUUUAAUAAACCCAAGUGUUGAUUGGCUUGCGUUUAACGAACUUGUUGUUCGGGCUCGGAUGUUUACCGCAGCGCUUGACAUGGUGCCGGCGGUACAUAAUGAAACCUUCAACUCUCAGCCUGUGUGUGCUGAGAACAGCUCGACAAGCGAAAGUGGUGUGAAGGCGAAGAAUUGUCUUGCAUCAUCAUCAAUGCCAUCUAACUCUGGUUCUGCCAGUUUUACUGGCCAAAACUCUUUUACAUCAAGCAGUAGUAGUGCUUCAGAGGAUGGUUCAAAAGAACAAAGUGUUCUAAAAGAAACUACGCAACGUUCGUCUUCUCCAGUGGCCCAGCCUCGACCAAUUCGUCCGAAUUUGGAUAAUCAGAUGGCUAUCUAUGAUAUGCAAGUCAGUCACUCUCUUUUGGCCGCUAGCGAAAUGCAUUAUAACGAAGCCUUUAAGAACAUAACAGCUGAUUCACAAAACCAGUAUGCAACAUUUGAACUUCUUUUUAUUCUAAAGAAGGGAAGACCGGUUCCUUUAUCUUCGUCACUAUUCUCUGAGUUUUCGACUUCUGUGGCCUUGAGUACACCAGGUGAAUCAUGUGUAGAUGAUUAUCUUGUUUAUGGCAUUUAA